CAAGCUAGAAGCCCAGCAAACUGGUUGUGGCUACAUCCGUUGUCAACAGAUCUCCGCCACCACAGAUAAACAUCAUGUCAGAUAUGGAGACAAAGCCAUCCAGCCAAGAUGGGGGCGGUAAGAAGGGGGGCGAGUACAUCAAACUGAAAGUGAUUGGGCAGGACAACAGUGAAAUUCACUUCAAAGUGAAAAUGACAACGCAUCUAAAGAAGCUGAAGGAGUCAUACAGCCAGAGACAGGGAGUCCCAAUGAACACGCUAAGGUUUCUUUUCGAAGGCCAGAGAAUCGCAGACAACCAAACCCCUAAAGAGCUGGGAAUGGAAGAUGAGGACGUGAUUGAAGUCUAUCAAGAACAGACUGGUGGACUUUGGAAUGAUUAAAAGUUUCUAUGUUUAUUUUAAUUUUUUUUCUUUCUUAUUUUUGAUUUUAUUUUGUAUGUAUGUAUGGUCCCCCCCCUUGUUUUCAAACCAUCUGGAUCAAACCAACUCUAAUCAGGCUUCCGUGUAUCAGGGCAGAGAGAUAACUGCAAGGUAUGAGAGAGGCUAAGGAUUUUCUUGAUCUCACUCACGCCUUCUCCGAAACGCAGGCGUACUCGUGUUGAGUCGGGCAUUAGCAUCACGUCGAUGACUCGUAUGACUUGAAUGUUCGAGCAGAGCUGAAUCAGCAAAAUAGAUUUUAAUUUUUGUGUUUGCUUGAUUUGCUUUUGUUUGAGUUGUAUUUCAAGGCACUGAUAGCCCCUCAGCUGUGUAGUGUGUGUUCGAACACGUGACCAAAAGUCAACAAAAAUGUAUUGUCGGCCAUGUUGGAGGAUAAGAACGCUGUGGGCGAAUUGCACUUUAGCAGCAAAAUUGUCGUCGUUGUCAUCAGACGUGCCUUCAUUUUUUUUUUAUUUACAAAUGUAAUGAUAGCGAUAAAUGUAAACACUUAUCGUUUUGUCAUGUUCCAAAAAUCAUUAGGCACCAAGGAGAACAAGCCGAAGAACUGUCAAGUGAGCAACGUAGGCUAUGGUUUGCUGCUAUCAGUCAAGAAGGCCUAAUCAAAAAGAUUUUGAAAAGUGAUCUUGUUUGCAGUGAGCAAACACUGACACUGACACUUGCUAUGUGCGAGCAACAUUCGCCCAAUCCGGCCAUACAACCAGUACAGUGGGCAGAAAGAACCACACCAUCUUCAGUUGUUAUGAUCCACAGCUGGACAAGUGGAUCAUUCGUCCGUUGAGAAUGCCUAACUUUCGCAACCAAAACAUAUGUCUUGUUUAUAAUACAACCAAGAACGCUAUGAAUAAAUCCAGAAACCAUGUGAUUGUAGACUUGAACAACAGUCUUCGUAAAAAUCAAAAUGGAUUUCAUAAGAACAGAUCAACAGUUGGUCAAAUACUGACUGAGGCGAAUCAUCGAGAGUGUAAAGGCAAACAAUCUACCGGCUGUAAUUUUGUCUGUCGAUUUUUCAAAGGCCUUUGAUUCGAGCAACCAUGAUAGAAUGGAGAAAAUCAUGCUAGCAGCCAUCAUGAUGUUCUACAAAGACACGCUCGAAAGUUCACUCUCCAAAUGGAGACACAGAGUUUUUUGAUAUUGCUGCUGGUGUGUUACAAGGUCACAUGCUAGCACCAUUUCUUUUUAUCCUGUGUCUCGAUUAUGUACUAAGAACCUCCAUCAACACAAUCAAGGAGCUUGGCCUUCCACUGAAGCCCAGGAGAAGCAGUUGACAUCCUGCUCAAAGUGUCUGUGAAUGUUCUCAUUCUUUAACUGAUGUCGACUACGCAGAUGAUCUUGCCCUUCUCGCUGAUAACAUUAAGCAUGCUACCUCGCUGUUGCACAGUCUUGAAAAUGCAGCGAAACAAGUAGGCCUCCACAUCAAUGCUAGGAAAACUGAAUUCAUCAGCUACAACCAAGAAGGAAUCAUCUCCCAUCAGAUGGUCAUAACAUCAAAUCUGUCUCUGAAUUCAUAUACUUGGGAGGCAACAUCGAAUCCACCGAAAGAGAUGUGCAGCUUCGAAUUGGAAAGGCUUGGGGUGCCACUGAGGGACUUAACGUCAUCUGGAAGCCCACGUUACCAGACAAACUGAAGCGGGAAUUUUUUCGAGCAACAGUUGAGUCCGUUUUCACUUAUGGAUCAUCUUGUUGGACCCUCACUAAAUGGCUUGAACCCAAACUUGAUGGGGCUUUCACGAGAAUGCUGCGGGCUGCACUCAAUGCAUCCUGGAAGAAGCACCCUACAAAGAAGUGGCUCUAUGGCAACAUACCCGCCGUCUCAAACACUAUCUGAGAACGAAGGGUUUGAUUUACUGGUCAUUGCUGCAGUAGCAAGAAAGAACUUGCAAGCGACACUCUGCUUUUGUCACCCAAACGUGGAAAGACAUGUGUGGGAAGGCCUGCAAGAAAUUACAUCAAUGAACUGGUCGACGACACAGUAUCUGAGGAUCUUCCAGCUGCUAUGCAGGAUAGAGACGGGUGGCGUAAGAGGGUCAGAGCCAUCCAAGGAUACUCGACCUGAUGAUGAUGAUGAUGUAGGCUUGAAGGCUUCGAAAUGCUCGGAACUGAUUUUUUUGUGUAACAGCUUGUGUCCAAAACAAGAUACAAGAGAAUGUCACGGGAUUCAAUUGGUGGUAGGCAUUCUGGACUGAACUUUUGAGCUGGAAUGAGCAAUGGAUCUAUUCCAAUCUUUUUGAUUUAUCUUCUGUUGGUAGCGGCUUUUCACAUCUCCUUCGAGUUUAUCUGCAGAUGCCGAUAGCAUUAGUUUCGUGUUUACAUCGUCAAUUACGUUAAGUUCUCCAACAUGGUCGCGGCCUCGUAUUGAAAUCGUGUGACGUCAUGCGAACAUACACUAUUAGCUUACCGAGAAGCUAUUUAUUAAGCCUGAUUAUAAGUUGCGUGCGUUGAUAAAUCCCCCUGUUCAAUUCAAUUAAAUUUUAUUUUUGUAGCCCAAUAUCACAAAUUACAAAUUUGCCUCAGUGGGCUUAACAGCUACGCAACAUCCUGUCCUUAGACCCUCUCAUCGGAUGAGGAACAACUCCCUAAAAACUCAGCUCAACUGUUCCGUACAGUGAAAGUUUGUUUACAAACACUUAGUUCGGUCCCUUUUAUUUGCCAAGUAACUUUUAACACAGCAGGAAUUUGACUUUAGCUGUGAUAGAUUAGCUGCUCUAGAGGAACAUCGUCACAUGCAGUGGAGAUGUGGUCAUUUGGAUGCGAGGAAAUUAAUUUGACAUCUCGACUACAUAGCCAUCUGUUUUAGAGACCGGUCAGAGGAUCGUUUACUGGUGCAGUCUUUCUCGGGGUUGUUGAGUGAUAUUGUGGGAAUUAAACCUGUGAUUUUUUGGGUAACUAGGCGGUCGCUGUAACCACUACACUCUCUGGCCACCCUGGGAUAGAAUCUGGUCUGUAAGCCCUGACACAGAUCCCGGGUGUCAGUGUGAAUCAGGGGCCCCCUUUCCACCUGGGCUUAACCCGUGUCCCCAGUUGUUUCCAGUCACGUGAUUCUGAUGAUGCUCGAGAUUCAGAUGGAGGGCAGGAAGUGAAAAGCAGAAUGGACGAGAUGGCGCUAGUUUAGCCUGAACUGUGUUAGUCUAGACGACAUUAUGAGAGGAAGGUGUAAACAGGAAGUAAGACAUGUUGGACAUGAUCUUAUGUUAUGAAGAGGGAUUUUUUUUGACGAAGUGGUGACUGCACACACGUGCGUUAUCUGACUCCGCUCCCCCCGACCGCAGACAACGCUUCGCGAGCCAUUUUUUACGGCGUUUUCUGUCAGGUUCUUGCACCCCCCCCCCCCAGCCCAUGAAAACAACUUUUGGUACUCAGUAAAAACUCCUUGUGGUUUCUCAGUUAAUGACGUCAAACAUAGGCAUUUGGAAAGUUUCUGAUAGUGCUUCCUAUGUAGAAAGUCACCUCCUGCCCUCCAUCUGUAGUUCGUGAUGUCAUAGGCAAACAACCUAUAACAUAAAAACACCUAAAACCCUUAUGGACAUGUGUCAAAGAUCCAAUUUCCCAAACUAAUCCCAGAGGUGGCGAGAGACUCGUUUGGACACUGUCUGCAUUGUGUGAAUGCAGUGUUGUCUCCAGUCAACCUCCAGCAGGGACGUAGGUCCAGCCAGGAAGGAGUCACGGUGCAGACAGGUCCAAGGCAGAUUUGAUGAUAACACGCUCAUCAAGAGAGGGAUGCCAGGACACGUAGAGAUGUGCAACGCCAGUCAUUUGCUUGGUGUUCACAGUCAAUUUUGAGCAACAUAAACAUUUCGGAAGGAAAUGAUGUGUGCUGUAAUCUGACUUAUGGCCACAGAAUGAGAAAUGCAUUUGUUUCUCCUUUCUUUGAGUGUAUAAUGUAUCAUGGUUUGAGUAAUUAAUUCCAGAAAAUGGAGAAAGACUCUUCCACCACGAGCAGAGAUUUUGCUGCCUUGGCUUUUCUUUCUGCCUUUGCAGCCUCACUUUUAAAUUUAUCCAUCCUGUUUUAAAACUGAGAAUGCAAAAAUAAUGUGAUGAAUAUUGUUAUAUAAUAAUUGAUGACUGCAGCUGAUUGCCCCAACACGAUCAUGCUAAAGAUUUGAGAUGUUUUAAUCAAUCAAUAACUAUUUAAUAUGACUAUUGUGAUUAACUUGUAUAUGUUGUAAACAGUAUUAGUGUGUUUUUGAGUGAAAUGCCAUAUUUAUCUCAAGCGUUGUCCUAUUGAAAGGGUUUUAUUCUGAAAAGUUGACUCUCAAUUUUGGAUUUUUUUUUUACUUGCUGGAGCUUUUCAUUUGAUAAUGCAAAAGCGGACAGUUCAAACUUCUGAAGCCAUAACACUGCAGGCAGGCAAAAAACAAGUCUUGCAGGUCAUUUAUAACACCAGUAGUAAUCAUGGAUGCUUUUUUUCAAUUAUUAUUUUUUUGGCAUCUUAUACCUUUAUUAGACAGUGAAAGUGUAGAAGCAGACAGGAAGUGUGGAAGAGAGAGGGGGGGUAUGACAUGGAACAAAGGUUGCUGUCUGGAAUCGAACUGGUGACAGUUGGGACCACGUGUCAUGUGCUGUAAGCAUUUGGCCAUGGAGGCACAUCAUGGAUGCUUUUUUAUGUGGAGGAACCAGUCUGUUCAUCCCCAUCCAACUGCCAGCCAUGGUGAAUGUGUGGCUUUGGAGUGAAACGGUGUGUUUGGCUGAGACAUAAAGGCCGUCCGGGUCAUUGAGGCAGAUGGUACUGAAAUCUGUGUUGGGGGUGUCUGACGGUAGAGACGCUCAUCCCAGAUAACAGCAAUGGGUGUUAGCAUCAACCAGCAGUCUUUAGCUACUCAAGUCUUCAUAUUUACUUGGAAUUUCUUGUUCUUGCUGCCUUAGAUUACAGUCAUGGCUCACCCCUGAGUCCACCUCUGUCCUAGAAGUUGACUUCCAUGGAGUUUUUCCUUGUUUUCUUGGCACUCGGCUCCUUCUUAUGAUUUUUGCUGCAGUUGACUUUCAAACUUUACCUCCUUUAUGUCUGUGCUGCUUCACCUCACUUUUUUUUUCGGGGGGAAGGGGGAAUUUUCCAACUUUUUCUCCCCAGUUGUAUCCGGCCAGUUACCCCACUCUUCCAAGCCAUCCUGGUCACUGCUCCACCCCCUCUGCCGAUCUGGGGAGGGCUGCAGACUACCACAUGCCUCCUCCCAUACAUGUGGAGUCGCCAGCUGCUACUUCUCACCUGACAGUGAGGAGUUUCACCAGGGGGACGUAGUGCUAUUCCCCCCAGUUCCCCCUCCCUCCUGAACAGGCGCCCCGACCGACCAGAGGAGGCGCUAGUGCAGCAACCAGGACACAUACCCACAUCCGGCUUCCCAUGCGCAGACACGGCCAAUUGUGUCUGUAGGGACGCCCGACCAAGCCGAAGGUAACACGGGGAUAUCGAACCGGCGAUCCCCGUGUUGGUAGGCAAGCUAUGCUAUCUGGAUGCCCUCACCGGACUGCAUUUAUAUGCUUUUCUAGUCUACCAACCACUCAAAGUGCUUUACAGUGUAUGCCUCACAUCCACCCAUUCACACACGCAUUCACACACUGAUGGUGGAGGCUGCCAUGCGAGGCACCAACCUGCUCAUCAGGAGCAGUUAGGGGUUCAGUGACUUGCUCAAGGACACUUUGACACGCUCUUUGCAGGAGCUGGGGAUUGAACCAGUGACCUUCUGAUUACUAGACGACCUGCUCUACCUCCCGAGCCUUGCCGCCCCUUUUUAACAUCUACUAAUAAGAUUCCCCCUAAAACCUCUGGUCCGGGAUGUAGAGUGAACCUUUUUUGUUUGCUCCUAGCGUAGGAUGGGUAAAUGAAUUUUGUUGUAUGUAUGUACAAUGACAUAAUUAUAAAGUGUCUGUUAAUUGGAUUAGUCAUAAUAAGACCACACCAAACCCCGACCAAGAGCAGCUGUCGUCUCCCACCGAUGCUAUAGAAGUCAGAGGACUGCUGUUCACCAGAGGAACAUUGAUGUAGAUGGUUUGAAAUUCUUGCAAUGAUGUUUUUGGUUUUUGGAAUAAAAUAUUAAA